CCUCCUUCGCAGCGCAUAUAAACACGGGGUGGGGGGGAGAGAGAAAUAGGAAAAGGCAAAAAACACAUUUCGACAGGAUGAACAACAGUUUCCUAAACAUGGCGUCGAUAGGCGACUUCGACCCGCUCAACGCGUCUAUUCCAGCCACCAAAGUUGAAAUCACAGUGUCCUGCAGAAACCUGCUGGACAGGGACACCUUCUCCAAAUCAGACCCAAUUUGUGUUCUCUACACACAAGGUAUGGGCAACAAGGAGUGGAGAGAGUUUGGGAGAACAGAGGUGAUUGACAACACGCUAAACCCAGACUUUGUGCGGAAAUUCAUUUUGGACUACUUCUUUGAAGAGCGGCAGAACCUCCGAUUUGACUUGUAUGAUGUUGACUCCAAGAGUGCCAACCUGUCAAAACACGAUUUUCUGGGCCAGGCCUACUGUACUCUCGGAGAGGUGGUCGGUUCAUUGGGCGGUCGUUUGGAAAAAGCUCUAGGAGGGAUUCCUGGGAAGAAAUGCGGGACCAUUAUUGUGAAGGCAGAGGAGCUGAACAACUGCAGGGAAUCAGUGAUGAUGCAGUUCUGCGGGAACAAGCUGGACAAAAAGGAUUUCUUCGGCAAGUCUGACCCAUUCCUGGUCUUCUACAGGAGCAACGAGGACGGCACGUUUACCAUCUGCCACAAGACAGAGGUGGUGAAGAACACGCUGAACCCGGUGUGGCAGGCCUUCAAGAUCCCUGUUCGGGCUCUUUGCAAUGGUGAUUAUGACAGAACAAUCAAGGUGGAGGUGUACGACUGGGACAGAGAUGGCAGUCAUGACUUUAUUGGAGAGUUCAGCACCAGCUACAGAGAACUAUCCAGAGGGCAGAGCCAGUUCAACGUCUAUGAGGUGAUAAAUCCGAAGAAGAAAGGGAAGAAGAAAAAUUACCUGAACUCUGGAACGGUAACGCUGCUGUCAUUCCUGGUGGACAUUGAAGUCACCUUCCUGGACUACAUCAAAGGAGGGACCCAGAUUAACUUCACCGUGGCCAUUGAUUUCACAGCUUCCAAUGGUAACCCAGCCCAGCCCACCUCACUCCACUACAUGAGUCCCUACCAGCUGAAUGCCUACGCCAUGGCCCUGAAAGCAGUAGGGGAGAUCAUCCAGGACUACGACAGUGAUAAGAUGUUCCCCGCUCUGGGCUUCGGAGCCAAGCUACCACCUGACGGCCGGGUAUCCCACGAGUUUGCCUUGAACGGGAAUCCUCAGAACCCAUACUGUACAGGUAUUGACGGUGUGAUGGAUGCCUACUACCAGAGUCUGAAGUCAGUUCAGCUCUACGGACCCACCAACUUCUCCCCUGUCAUCAACCAUGUGGCCAGGUACGCAGCUUCAGUGAAGGAUGGCUCCCAGUACUUUGUGCUCCUCAUCAUCACAGACGGCGUCAUCUCAGACAUGGCCCAGACCAAGGAGUCUAUUGUCAACGCCUCUUGUCUGCCGAUGUCAAUCAUCAUUGUGGGGGUGGGACCUGCAGAAUUUGAUGCCAUGAUUGAAUUGGACGGCGAUGAAGUCAGAAUUUCAUCCAGAGGAAGAUACGCUGAGAGAGACAUCGUUCAGUUUGUCCCAUUCAGGGACUACAUCGACCGGACUGGGAACCACAUCCUGAGCAUGGCCCGGCUCGCCAAAGACGUCUUGGCCGAGAUCCCCGACCAGUUCCUCUCCUACAUGAGGACCCGUGGGAUCAAACCGUCGCCGGCACCGCCACCCUACACACCACCAGGCCAACCCCUCCAAACGCAGAUAUGAGUAGCGAUGUGGAGAAAGGUUUUCGGAGUCAGGGGUCAACCUAACGGACUUAACGCGCGAAGUACUUCCAUUUCCUUAAAGCCGCUCUCCAUGCCUUGUCGUCGUGGAUCACGGUGGUCUUUCUUGUGUUCAGGAAGCUGCAUGUCGGGCCAAGAGAGUGUUGCUUUGAGGGCAGGAAAAGCCAAUGAGAGUCUGUUUACUUCCACUGUCAAGCAUUCCUGUUGCUGUCUGGAUUUUUUUUUUUUUUUUUUUGUGAGUGUGUGUCUGUGUGUGUUGCCUGGGAAACUCGGACAGGCGAGUUUGGAGAGAGUUUGGAGAGUCUGGAUUCAAGCGGGGAGUGAUCUUGUCUGCCUGAUCCACCUGAUGAAGGAAGGAAGGGAGGAGGAAAGGAAUGAAGGAAAAGAGGAAUGAAGGGCCGUUCUUUAGAAACACUGUAAAGAGAAUGUCUCCAGACAAAACAAAGGAAUCACUUGAUCUUAAAUGAACACUGACUUCUCCUGUAAAUAACUGGACAUAUGUAACUUCUUCUCUCUCUCUCUCUCUCUCUCUCUCUCUCUCUCUCUCUCUCUCUCUCUCUCUCUCCAGCUCACUCAUUGUUUACAGUAAAUGCUAACAAGGAUUUUUACUGUUGAUACUUUUAUAUUCACAUAGUUUCAGUAUGAAGCUUGUUAUACUCUGAUUCUCUAAUACUCUCUAAUGUAACUCUCUAAUGUAACUCUCUCUCUCUCUCUCUCUCUCUCUCUCUCUCUCUCUCUCUCUCUCUCUCUCUCUCUCUCUCUCUCUUUCCUGGCAUGUGUGUCAGGUAGCAGCAGUGCAGGUCCUGGUAGCCCUUCUGUACCGUACCGUACCGUGCUGUACCGUACCGUACUGUAUUCUAGUGUUUGUAUUAACCUUUUGCAUGAGUGUAGCCUCAGUCAAGUGCAUGCAUUUAGUGGCCCUGCACUACCUCUUCUACCCAUCUGUCCGUCCGUCUGUGGCGGGUGAGUGUCUGUCUGCCUGUUUCUCUAACUGUCACUUCACCCUGUCUGUCUGUCUGUCUGUCUGCACUGCUCUCAGGCCUGAGAAGUCAAACUGUCUCCCUGUUCCAGCCUCUCUUCCUGUCUAUCUCUUUCUUUCCUUUCUUUUGUGCCUCUGUCACUUUUACUAGCUGUGUUUCCAUCCAACUUUUUUUUAAAAGUUUUAAUAGAAGAGAUGAAUGAAAAAUACAACAUACUUAUGCUUUUUAUGCAAAUACAACUCAUUUUUGGUUCACUUCCCAUGAUCAGACCUUCAGAUUGACUCCAUAACAGUUAACGAUUUAAUAUUUGGGCAUUCUGAUAUGUAAAAUAUAUCAGUCCUAAUUUUUUUUUUAGAAAUGUGAUAUCCCUGUAUAAGGUUUCCAUUGUCUUCAGGAGCCAGAAUGUGCAUUAUGAUCGUUAUCUCCAAGUGCAUUUGUUGUUUCUUUGAAAGAAAAAACGAAACACAGCCAACAUUAACAACAGCUUUUUUACAUUUGAAAGGCCAGUGUGUUUGUUCUAGCCAAGAUUCAAAUCAUGCAGUUUGUGUUUUUGAAUAUUUGAAUUAUAUUUUUGCGAAGCAUUUAUUGACUGUUGAAUGGCAACAUAGCUCCACUCUCUCUCUCUCUUUCUCUCUCUCUCUUUCUGUCUCUGUCUCUGUCCUCCAAACUGCCUUGGCAAUAGGAUGCCCACGUGCCCAGGGGUUUCGUCUCAUUGUGUCGUCUAACACCCACAUCCCUGCCCCGUGUUAAAAACGACAGCAGCUGCUCUCAAACAGAAAACUGUUUGAGCAAAAAGAGCCCAGUGGUCAAAAAUGCAGAGAAAAACACACUUUCCCUAUGUUUGCUUUUUUGUUCCAUUUUAUUUUUAAUUAGUUUUGUGUGUGUGUGUGUGUGUGUGUAAAUUUUAAUUGCACCUUUGAUAUAGCUUUUUCUAUGUUUGUUUCUAUGAUGUAUGUGUGCCAAUCAUAUGUGAAAGGACGAUUUGUGUGAUUUCUGUCAGUCAGCGACAACGUCCGACAAGUUCCCAAUUUAACAUCGAAUGAUCGUUUCUAGUGAAGAAUGAGAGGAUUUGUGUUGUAAUGACUGUGUGUUUCAGUGGUGAGUGGUCAUGAUGAUGUGAAUGAGAUGUGAGAUUAUCUGACUAUGAAACAGCUAUUUCUUUUAAAACAACACGAGAUGGAAUGUUUAAAAAGUCUUACAAAAAAAAAAAGCGGGAACGCAUGAAGAUUUGAACAUUUAUUGGACAGUAAGUGAAUUACACUGCGGCACCAAAAAAUGUGAACGGUUAUUUUAGCAUUGCAGUGAAGUUAAAGCUCGCAGUAUUUUCGUUGUAUUGACACUUAUAAUGGUUUGCUUCACGUUACCAAAACUUAUUUGACUUAUCUGACUUUUUUUUCUAGUGAACCUGAUGUUUGCAGAUUUUUACACAUCUAAUCACUAAGUCAGACCAGACAGUAUCAAAGUGACGACACAGCAAACACUGAGUAACGGUCAGUAAUUAACUAUCUGUGAAAUAUAUAAACAAAUUUAGUGUUAUUAUUGAAUCCAAUUUUGAAAACACACAUAUUGUAUAUUACUACAUAACCUCUUACAUACAAAAUGGUUUCUGGCUGUUCUAAUGAUUUUUUUCUCUAUAUUCAUCAAUUUACUUUCUAGAUUUGAAUAUAUGUACUACAUUCUAUUUAAUGUUAUUCUCAUGUUUUAUUUUAUAUAAAUCACUGUAAUGACCAAUGCUCAUGACCACCACAUCAUCCUCAGACUAUCUCUGACGUCUUAUAAGACUUUUUAAUGACACUCAUCACUCUUAGCUGCACCAAGGCGUCAACCUGCUGUGUAACUUUGCCUGGUUUCAGAUCAGCUGAUUACAGAGUCAAGUUUUUUUUUUUUGUCCCACAGUCAUGGAUGCACCUGUGCUGUUGGUUUGUGGUGAAAUUUUUAGCCUUGACGUUCAUCAGUCCCACAAUACGACAACAGGCUCAUUAUGACUUGCACAGUCAUAUAAUGUUUUUGUUUUUUUUUUCUGAAAUGUCUGGCUAAAGUCACAGUAUGUGGAUCUUAAACCUCCUCUUGUCUUCUUCUGUUAAAAGAAGAAAGAGAUUUGGAUUACAUCAUUUUCAAAUUAACACUUUCUACACUCUGUAUUUCAUGAAAAGUUUGCUUGUGGCUCAGUCUCACUGCUAAAUUACCACAAGAAAAAAAAGGACUCUGAACAUUUUUUACUCUGUUUUGAACAUCUUACAUUGCUGCCUUGUCAAGUUGCGUGACGUUCCCAUGUUCAUCGUUCUUUUCUCACAGUCUCUCCGUAUAUUGCUACUGUAGCAACGCAAAUAUGGCGGGACUAACUGUAUGACUAUGUGUGUGUGUGCUUAGUCGUUGCAGUCACACCCUUGUAGCUACCCGCUGUGUUCAAAGCAUAGCUGGACACAUCAUUAGGACUGCAGGUCAAAAUAAGGAGCUCAUUACUGCCUCAGCAGAUACACUGUAAAACUUCAUCCUCCAAACUGUUAGAGAUCCGACACUGCGAGGGUCACAGUCGGCUUUAUUGUAGCUUUUGUUGAUUGGACGGGCAGAGCAGGGAUUUUUGAGGGGGAAGUGGGGCUACCUGCUCAGAGUUAGACAAGUUUUUGACAUUAGUCCUUGGUGACGGUUGAGCAUGAAUCCCUUCUGGUGGAGACAAAUCACUGUAUCGAAAGAUAAAAGCAAAACCUUUGCUGCAGCAAAACUAUGGGUUAUUACUACUUGGGUUUUAUUUUUGUUGCUCCAGCCUCUGGUCAGCAAACUGAGUUAGUAAUGUCAGUUCCACAACAAUGUCUAAAGUUUCCUAACAUUACUUAACAUUAACUACUAAAGCUCAUACUAGAACAGAUAAAGCUGUAGUGGAAAAAAUCUCACGAGUGUAUUAAAUAGAUGAAGAGAUUUUACUGAUGUGGAAGAAUGUUUUAUUCCUUCUGUUAAAUGUUACAUCAUCUCGAUUUAAAGAUUAAAACAUGACCCAUCAGAAAAGAUGGCACGUGGGAAGAGGUUAAAGUGAUUUUACUCUACCUUUUAGAUAUUUCCCACAUUUCUUCAAGCCUUUUUCUUUUUCUUUGGAUUUCUUGACAUUUUUGUGUUUGAUAAUCGGCCCAGACCCAGGACAGACAGACAGCCCACAGGAUGCCCCCGUCAUGCUAUCUGAACAGCAAACUACCUCCUGUUUCUAGUUUUGUGUUCUACAACAAAUCCUUUCAGGGUAGGAACAUACAUCUCUUACUUCGUCUUACUACAUCCUUAUUUCACCUAAUUCCAGAACAAGGCUUGUCGACCAGAGCAGAACACAGUAUGGAAACAGAAAAAGGACAUAAGGACAGAUUUGAAUUUUAUAAGCAACAGAAAACCUAACUGUAAAGUUUAAUCAUACAAAAAAAUUAAACAAUACUUACCUUUGGCAUUUAAAUUCUAAUGGAUUCAUAGAACUGAACAUUAGAUAUUAUCCAAAUUAUCUAAAUUGAUGUGCUUUAGAUUCUCCUGUUUGAAAAUGUAUGUAGGUAAUUUCACAUAAUUGAAAUGAAAAAGGAAGUAGAUAAAUAGGUUUCAAAGUAAAAUAUUUCAGAUAUCACUGUAAAGUCAGUGAUAUUACAUUUUCAACAUUUAUUCAGUUGCUUAUAAAAAUUUGAAUUAUUUUGGCCUUUAUUUGCCUCCGUACUCACACACACACACACACACAAACACAACUUACUACCACAGUAACGUGUAUAUGUUUGUGGUGCUUCGGCUGGACUUAUAUACAUAAAUAUAUUUUCUUUCUUCCUCGCUCACUAACUAAGCCCCAUGAAGCCGCGACUGUAUGUAUGUGUGUGUGUCUGUGUGUGUACGCAUGCAUGUGUUUGAUAUAAGUAUACUUUGCGCGUGUGCACUCUAGUGUGUGUGUGUGCGUGUGUGUGCGUAUGUGUGCUCGUGCCUGUGAGGCACCUUUAUAAGAGAGUUUUAAUAGACCAUGUGAGGUGUUACACAUAAGAUCUUUGUUUACUAAAGCUAUCCAAAUACUAUAUUGUAUGCUUGUCAUAUCUUCUUAACAACGUGCACUAUGUUUGCAUGUACAGUUUUACAAAGGAUGCACCAGUUCCUUUUGUUAAAAACUGAGUGUUUUGAAAUAUAAAAAAAAAAUCUAUAUGAAAAUUAACUGUACAAAAUGGCCUUAAAUCUUUCACUGAUUUUCUUGGAAUUGUGCGAUGCCUUCUUCAGAAAAAUGAAUUGUUUAAAGGAAUUUAAUCGUUAUCUAUUUUGUGUCAGUGUUUCUAUUGCUUUCUAGUGUAUUUUCUUUGCACAAGUUCAAUUAUGGGAACAAAAAAACAAAACAAAAAACAAACAAAAAAAUGAUCUUGUACUUUUUUGAAACCGUGAUUAAUCAGAGAAAGCAUGGCUGAAGUACUGAUUGUCUGAUAAUACAUAUAAUAGAUGACUAUUUCUGUAUCAAACUAUUGAUUUUUAAAUAAAUAUUCAUAUUAAACACAA